ACUGGUGGCAAAGGCUUUGGAAAAGAUGGCGCUAAACGUCAUCGUAAAGUGUUGCGUGAUAAUAUCCAAGGUAUCACCAAGCCUGCAAUCAGACAUUUAGCUCGUCGUGGCGGUGUAAAGCGUAUCUCUGGAUUGAUUUACGAAGAAACCCGUGGUGUCCUAAAAGUAUUUUUGGAAAACGUUAUUCGUGAUGCUGUCAACUACACUGAACACGCUAAGCGUAAAACCAUCACCGCUAUGGAUGUCGUCUACGCUUUGAAGAGACAAGGCCGAACAUUAUCUUGA